CUUUCCAACUGCACUUCUCCAGAAUAUUUCUAGCAUGUCCCACAUUACACCCUCAAGACGCAAAGAAGAGCGGUACAUCCCCUUCAACAAUGACCCACGCAAUAUCGGCACUCGAACCGGCCUUCCUAUGCCUCAAAACGUUCCUCGAGACUCCAACGGUUUUGAAAUACCGGCAUUAUUCUUUGGCUCAUCCCCAGAAAACGGUGCGAACCGAACCAUCUCUUCAAUCAAAUCUAAAGUCGCCCAAACGCCCGGAGGACGAAGUACUUAUUCCCGCGCGGACAGUACACCUGGUACAGCAAGGAGACUGACAAGGAGAUUGAGUGAUUUGGAUAUGGAUGAUGGAUUGCGCGGAGGUGAUGAUUUGCUGAUGGAUGAGGACGACUUGGCCAUUGCCACGCCUGGAUCACUUUUCGCAAACAGCGAACCACCACCUUCUAUUAUCUUGCCGUCUAGAUCUAGACUGCCUAUAUCUUCCCCCGCUAAUGCUUCAUUCGACUCCGUCCCGUCACCUUCGGUCAGACCGUCACCUCGUAAAUCCCAUUACAGCGCUGCCAGUCGAGUUUCUUCAUCAUUGGCAAAGACUGUCACGAAAGUUCAUGAGCUUAGUGGCGACGAAGAAGAGCCGUUCCUUACUCCAGGGGAUGGCUUGAACCAGGAGGGAGAGCCGGAGGAAAGUCCUGUGAAGAGUAAGAAAAAGACACCGCGGGCUGCGUCAUCGGAUGACGAUGGAUCUCCAGCAAAGGACAAGGAAGCAGCUUUCCCACCUGAAGGGAGAAGUGCAAGUAUGAGUGGUAACAAACCGGCAAAUGACUACGAUGCUGGAUACGAGGGUAAUCACACUGUAGACUUCGACGAUCUGCCUCCAAUGGGCCCGAUUGAUGAUUACGACGUCGAAACGGUAUUGAGAACGGAGAGGGAAGAAGAUGAUGAGGACGCUCAAAAUGUUGACAAUAAUGUUGUAGAAGAAGAGAGAACUAUGGAAGAAGAGGAAAUGCAAGUAAGCGAGAGCGAGGAUGGAGAGGAACGACGGCCGGUAGUGGCGAAAAGGAAGAAGAGCCCAAAGAAGCAAGAAAAAGGAAAGGAUAGAGCAAGAUCUGCUAGGUCUGGUAGUACCGCUGCUCAACGGAAACGGACACGUCCAUCCGAACUUGGUCCCGGUGACGACGGCUACCACGGUAACUUUGUCACCCGUCGCUCAGGUCGUCAACACUACAAACCUCUCGAGUUUUGGCGCGGCGAGAAAGUCGAAUACAUGCGUGGUCCGGGCUGCGCUGUUAUCAAGGAGAUCAUUACUAUCCCUGAAGACCCACCUGUACCUCUUGCAUUGAGGAAGUCACGGAAGAAUGGUAGAGCAAGGAGUGGAUCUGUCGCGGUGGGGAAAAGGAAAAGGGAGGAUAGUGUGGAGGAUGAGGAAGGAUGGGAUCAUAAGACGGAGCCGACCGGUUUGGUGCAAGAUUACCCAUUCGGCGAGGAGUGUUAUCGAAAAAUUGCGUGCCCGAAAGCAUUGCUCGACCCCAAACUCGUUUCCGGAGGGAAUUUCAAGUACCAGAAAGUCUUUGGCGAGGGCCACUUUAUGGCCGCCGGUAUAGUCUACAUCCCUGUUGGUCAAAUAAAGAAUACGAAGCCGUCAAAGGAUAACACUUAUGUGUUUUACGUGAUCCAAGGUGCUGUACAAGUGACCAUCUAUCGAACGAGUUUCGUCAUGGCCCCAGGCUCCCAAUUCCUUGUCCCAAGAGGUAACGACUAUUGCAUCGAAAACAUCUCUCCAGACAAGGAAGCUCAGUUAUUCUUUGCGCAAGCGAGGAAGAUUCGAGCAAACGAAAUAGAUGCUGAUGGGGUAUCAGAAUCUCAAGCCGGAGAGGCCGGUUUACCGUCAAGGAAGUCAAUAAGCGCGAGUCAAACUCAAGGUGGGAAGAAGAGUAACCGAUUGCCGUCGGUCAGAGAAGAGAGUAGAGAUAUAAGCCAGAGUGAGCGGGAGGAUGAGGAAGAGGACGAGGAGGAAGAAGAGAUUACUGUCAAGAAGAGAAGAAAAAGUAAGGGGAAGAGCAGGAGAUAGAUUGGCAGGAGGAAGAUGGUAUGAAUGGGUGGUGGGUUUAUCGCUUUAAUCUUCCUCUCUAUAAUAUACUCGGCAAUCUGAUUUGCGCGUAAUAGGCGAAUGAAUGAGGGAUCUGUGAUAUUUUUUUCUUAUACUUUUGAUACCUAUCAGUGAAGACUUAUUACGAAUCGUUUUGAAGGCCUGCCAAGUAUAUUACAUAUGUAUGAAAGACUGAUACAUGUAACGCAAUGGUAUGUUAUGAUUGCGUCAUCAGAAAUGAU